AUGGUGUUCAGAUCGCCGCUCGAUUUCUUCACAGCUUCCCGCCUCCUCCUGCCGCACUUUGCGGAUGGGGCCCCUGUCCUGCCUCGUUCCCGGUCCCCGGACGACCCUCCCGCCGCUUGCCCUCCUCUCGCUCUCCCGGGACUGUGUUUCUCUGCGGCGCAGAUCGCCAGCGUGUGCGAGACUCUGGAGGAGACCGGAGACAUCGAGCGGCUGGCCCGUUUCCUCUGGUCGCUCCCGGUGACCGCAGACGGCCGCGACUCCAUCUCCGAGCACGAGUCCGUUCAGCGGGCUCGCGCCGUGGUGGCGUACCACACGGGAAGUUUCCGCGAGCUUUACCACAUCCUGGAGACGCACCGCUUUACGCGCGCGUCGCACGGUAAACUGCAGGCGAUGUGGCUCGAAGCUCAUUACCGGGAAGCAGAGAAGCUGCGGGGGCGGCCGCUCGGACCCGUGGACAAGUACCGCGUGAGGAAGAAGUUUCCGUUACCGAGAACCAUCUGGGACGGAGAGCAGAAGACGCACUGCUUUAAGGAGCGCACUCGGGGGCUGCUGAGAGAAUGGUACCUGCAGGACCCGUACCCAAACCCGGGAAAGAAGCGGGAGCUGGCACACGCCACCGGACUGACACCGACUCAGGUCGGGAACUGGUUCAAAAACCGGAGACAGAGAGACCGAGCUGCAGCAGCCAAGAACAGGUUGCAGCACCACCGGAUGUGUCCCGACGGUGCGCGUGCACUAAGUGGGGGAGACUGCAGUCCGGAUGGGAGCGCAGAGCGCGCAGAUGGAGAAACUCUUCUCUCAAUAACAGACAGUGACUCUGACCUGGAUGUCUGAGACUUUAAAUGUGAAAUGGACGUUUAGGGCCUGAGUUGGUCCGUCGUGGUUUAAACAGAGUGAGGACGAGGAUGUUUGUGGACAAAGUCAGGGUUUGGGUUGCAAACAAUGUUCAGGGAAUAAAACACAUUCAUCCUCAAUAUAAAGCCAGCCUAACAAAUAGAAUAUAUAAACGCAGGUUACGUGAAGAUUUGAUCUUUUCUUCCUUUUGUUUCCUGAAAAUAUCCUUGAGUUUUUAUCUUUACUUUUUCUGGUGGUCUCCGGGAAUGAAUUUUGGAUGAAUGGUAGGAUGAAUUUUAACCACCUUUUUGAUUUUUAACGGCAUCACUGGAUGGUGAUGUGCACAUCUGUUGACCCAGCUUACACCAGCAACCUCAUUAAACAGACAUCAAGCCGUGGACCCCCGUUGGACUUUAACCCAGGGACCCCCACAGAGGAGGACCUUUACUGACUGAAACCUGCCAGUGAGCAAAUCCCUCUUAUUUUCUCUAAUUACGUGUCAUUAUUUUACUUUUGAUGAGACUAGUUGUUCCUUUAGAGGCUCCUGGAGGACCCCUGGACAUCGACUGCUGUAGACAAUCAGUCACUACCACUGAGGCUCACCUGCCUGUCGCCUGUUUCUGUGUUCAUUACCUUCCUUUUUUUUUUUUUCUUUUAACCUUCACCUCUACUUUAUUUAAAAUUCUCAGAGUUCAAUGUGCAGUCUGUGUCCUGCUGUGUCAUACUUUACGUUCAAUUUGAUGCUGAA